AAACCAGUCACCUCUUCCAGCCCAUGCAGCAUGUUGUCCUGCCACUCCGCUGUCCCACUCCUCCACCAGUCGCAAUGGAAGAAGAGAUCGCCGUGCUGGUGAUUGACAAUGGCUCCAGCAUGUGCAAAGCUGGCUUUGCUGGGGACGACAACCCACAGCCAUGUUUCCUUCCAUCAUCGGUGCCCCCAGCACCAGGGUGUGACGGUGGGCAUGGGCCAGAAGGACUCCUAUGUGGGCUACAUGGCCGAGAGCAAGUGCAGCAUCCUGACCCUGAAGUACCCCAUCAAGCAUGGUAUUGUGACCAACUGGGAUGACAUAGAGAAGAUCUGGCAUCACACCUUCUACAAGGGGCUGCACACAGCCUUGGAAGAGCACCGGUGCUGCUGACCGAGGACCCCCUGAACCUCAAGGCCAACAGAGAGAAGAUAACUCAGAUCAUGUUUGAUACCUUCAACACCCUGGCCAUGUACGUGGCCAUCCAGGCUAUGCUGUCCCUCUACACCUGUGGGUGCACACUGGCAUUGUCAUGGGCUCUGGAGAUGGGGUCACCCACAUGGUGCCCAUCUAUAAGGGCUACGCCCUCGCCCACACCAUCCUUCAUCUGGACCUGGCUGGCCAGGACCUGACCAACUACCUCAUGAAGAUCCUCACCAAGGGUGGCUAUAGCUUCACCACCACUGCCAAGAGGGAGAUCGGGCACUACUUUAAGGAGAAACUGUACUAUGUUGCCCUGGACUUUGAGCAGGAGAUGGCCACUGCCACAUCCUCCUCCUCCCUGGAGAAGAGAUAUGAGCUGCCUGAUGGCCAUGUCAUCACCAUCGGCAACGAGGUUCCAGUGUCCCGAGAUGCUGUUCCAGCCUUCCUUCCUGGACAUGGAAUCUUGCGGCAUCCACCCAGACCACCUUCAGCUCCAUCAUGAAGUGUGACGUGGACAUCUGCAAAGACCUGUAGGCCAACACAGUACUAUCUGGUGGCACCAUGUACCCAGGCAUCACCGACAGGAUGCAGAAGGAGAUCACCACCCUGGCACCUAGCACCAUGAAGAUCAAGAUGAUCGCACCCCCAGAGCACAAGUACUUGGUGUGAAUCAGCGGCUCCAUCCUGGCCUCACGGUCCACCUUCCAGCAGAUGUGGAUUAGCAAGCAAUAGUACAAGGACUCGGCCCCCUCCGUCGUCCACUGCAAAUGCUUCUAAAUGGACUGCGAGCAGAUGGCUAGCAUUUGCUUCAUGGGUUAAUUCAAAAGUAAAAAUUUGCCUCUUGCAAAUGCAUACGCCUCAUGCUAGCCUCACCAAACUGGAAUAAGCCUUUGAAAAUAAGUUGUCUUUGAAGCUUGUAUCUGAUAUCAGCACUGGAUUGUAGAACUUGUUCCUGAUUUUGACAUUGUAUUCAAGUUAACUGUUCCCCUUGGUAUCUGAACAUAUCUUUGAUUUCAGUCUUUAGUACAUGUGGCUUGCUCACUUCAUGGCUAAAAAUGUGCUUGUGGAAGACAAGUCUGGCUUGGAAUAUAAGUAGUUUCUGGAAAGGACACUGACAACUUCAAUGCAAAAUGAAGUUCUUUUUGUUGCUCUUAACCAUUGGGUUCUGCUGGGCUCAGUAUUCCCCAAAUACACAACAAGGACGGACAUCUAUUGUUCAUCUGUUUGAAUGGCGAUGGGUUGAUAUUGCUCUUGAAUGUGAGCGAUAUUUAGCUCCCAAGGGAUUUGGCGGGGUUCAGGUCUCUCCACCAAAUGAAAAUGUUGCAAUUUACAACCCUUUCAGACCUUGGUCGGAAAGAUACCAACCAGUUAGCUAUAAAUUAUGCACAAGAUCUGGAAAUGAAGAUGAAUUUAGAAACAUGGUGACUAGAUGUAACAAUGUUGGGGUUCAUAUUUAUGUGGAUGCUGUAAUUAAUCAUAUGUGUGGUAAUGCUGUGAGUGCAGGAACAAGCAGUACCUGUGGAAGCUACUUCAACCCUGGAAGUAGGGACUUUCCAGCAGUCCCAUAUUCAGGAUGGGAUUUUAAUGAUGGUAAAUGUAAAACUGGAAGUGGAGAUAUCGAGAACUACAAUAAUGCUACUCAGGUCAGAGAUUGUCGUUUGGUUGGUCUUCUUGAUCUUGCACUGGAGAAAGAUUAUGUGCGUUCCAAGAUUGCCGAAUAUAUGAACCAUCUCAUUGACAUUGGUGUUGCAGGGUUCAGACUUGAUGCUUCCAAGCACAUGUGGCCUGGAGACAUAAAGGCAAUUUUGGACAAACUGCAUAAUCUAAACAGUAAAUGGUUCCCUGAAGGAAGUAAACCUUUCAUUUAUCAGGAGGUAAUUGAUCUGGGUGGUGAGCCAAUUAAAAGCAGUGAGUACUUUGGAAAUGGCCGGGUGACAGAAUUCAAGUAUGGUGCAAAACUUGGCACAGUUAUUCGCAAGUGGAAUGGAGAGAAGAUGUCUUACUUAAAGAACUGGGGAGAAGGUUGGGGUUUCAUGCCUUCUGACAGAGCACUUGUCUUUGUGGAUAACCAUGACAAUCAACGAGGACAUGGGGCUGGAGGAGCCUCUAUACUUACCUUCUGGGAUGCUAGGCUGUAUAAAAUGGCAGUUGGAUUUAUGCUUGCUCAUCCUUAUGGAUUUACACGAGUAAUGUCAAGCUACCGUUGGCCAAGACAGUUUCAAAAUGGAAAAGAUGUUAAUGAUUGGGUUGGGCCACCAAAUAAUAAUGGCGUAAUUAAAGAAGUUACUAUUAAUCCAGACACUAUUUGUGGCAAUGACUGGGUCUGUGAACAUCGAUGGUGCCAAAUAAGGAACAUGGUUAUUUUCCGCAAUGUAGUGGAUGGCCAGCCUUUUACAAACUGGUAUGAUAAUGGGAGCAACCAAGUGGCCUUUGGAAGAGGAAACAGAGGAUUCAUUGUUUUCAACAAUGAUGACUGGUCAUUUUCUUUAACUUUGCAAACUGGUCUUCCUGCUGGCACAUACUGUGAUGUCAUUUCUGGAGAUAAAAUUAAUGGCAAUUGCACAGGCAUUAAAAUCUACGUUUCUGAUGAUGGCAAAGCUCAUUUUUCUAUUAGUAACUCUGCUGAAGAUCCAUUUAUUGCAAUUCAUGCUGAAUCUAAAUUAUAAAAUUCAAAAUUAAAUGCAUA